AGCAGCAGCAUCUCCAGCAGCAGCAGCAGCAGCAGCAGCAGCACCCCAGCCAGGCGGGACCCCACCGCCCCCCCCUCACGCUGCCACCCCAGGCCCCUGUCAGCCUACAACGGCCACAGCCUGAACGGACACAGCAGCAGCCGGAGCAGCACACCGGGCUCCAAGAUCCACGGGGCCCCGCCCGCCGCCGCCGGCCCCCUCCACCUGCCCCACCCCUCGCCGCCCCCCAGCGUAGCAGCAGCAGCAGCAGCCGCGGCCUCCUCCGCGUCCUCCUCCCCCUUCCCGCUGCCCCUGGCGGCCCACCAGGGCGCCCCCCCCCACGGCUUCCCCCAGGCCCUGCAGUCCUCGCCGCUCCCACACCACCCCAAUAUGUUUGCACCUCCAGCUGCCUUGCCUCCACCACCGCCACUGACGUCUAGCGCCCUGCCCGUCGCCGGACACCCCCCCGCUGGGAGCCCCUACUCAGAACAAGACCUCCUACGGCAGGAGCUCAACACGCGCUUCCUGGCGUCGCAGAGUGCCGACCGCGGGGCCUCGCUGGGGCCGCCGCCCUACCUGCGCACCGAGUUCCACCAGCACCAGCACCAGCACCAGCACCAGCACACACACCAGCACACCCAUCAGCACACCUUCACGCCCUUCCCGCCCCACGGCAUCAUGCCCACGCCAGCACCGCCCAUGGUGCGUACCCCCACCAGAAACUUUGAAAAAUUCCCAACGAAGGUGGACCCCUUUUACAGACACAGCCUGUUCCACUCCUACCCUCCGGCCAUGUCUGGCCUCCCCCCGGUCAUCCCUCCCACCGGCCCCUUCGGCUCACUGCAAGGAGCCUUCCAGCCCAAGACCUCCAACCCCCUGGACGUGUCCAACCGGCCCGGAGCCGUACCCCACACACUCCUACAGAAGGACCCCAGGCUAACGGAUCCAUUUCGACCUAUCCUCAGGAAACCAGGGAAGUGGUGCGCCAUGCACGUCCACAUCGCGUGGCAGAUCUACCACCAUCAACAGAAAGUGAAGCAGCAGAUGCAGGUCGACCCUCAUAAGCUGGACUUUGGCCUCAAACCCGAGUUCCUGGGUCGGCCGCCGGGCCCCAACCUCUUCGGGGCCAUCCACCACCCCCACGACCUGGCCCGCCCCGCCACGCUCUUCUCAGCCGCAGGCCCCCCACACCCGGCAGCGGGCCCCUUUGGCCACCCUCCCCACCACCCCGGAAACUUCCUCAGCCCCGCCUCUCACCUCGAGCCUUUCAGCCGGCCUCCUUCAUUCGGGGGACUGGGCACGCUCAGCUCCUCAGCCUUCGGCGGUCUGGGAAACCCAGCACUGAAAUCCCUCACGGCGCCAAACUCCAUGUUCGGCCAUAAGGACGGCCCCGCCGGCCCGCCGCACUUCAACCCCAACGGGCCCAGCAGCGGCCAGCAGGAGCCCUGGAACCGGCUGCACCGCACGCCGCCCUCCUUCCCCACGCCGCCGCCCUGGCUCAAGCCCGGCGAGUCGGAGAGGAGCGCCUCCGCCAGCUCCCACGAGAGGGACCGCGACUCGGACAAGCGGGCCCCGUCGGCCAGCAAGGACGACAAGGAGCCCAGGGAGUCCACGGAGAAGCGUCACUCCAGCCACCCCUCCCCGGUGGCCGUCAGGUCCCCCGUGGGCUCACUGGGCCACGGCCGGGCCCCUGAGCAGCACCACAGGAACCACCAGCUCCCCGGGGAGCCCCCGCGGGACAAGGACCUCAAGGCCCCCAAGGAGAAGGAGCGGGAGCCCGCCGACGUGUGGAAGGAGAUCCACGGCGAGGAGCACAAGCUGAAGGAGAGCCAGCACGGCGGCGACAAGGAGGCGCCGGUCAUCCACGACGGGCGGCUGUCGGAGAACAAGACCCCCAGCCGGGCCACCCCGUCCCCCUACGUGCGUCAGGCCAGCCUGGAGCGGCCCCUGAACGGCAGCCUGGGCCGGGACGUCCUGGAGAGGAAGGGCGAGCCGGCCUACGAGCACCAGAAGAAGAACAGCGAGGUGAAGGUGAAGGAGGAGCGCAAGGAGGAGCCCGAAGCCCCGGCCGCCGACCGGGGGAACGGGCCCCCGGUCCAGGCGCCGCCACCGCCGCCGCCGCCGCCGCCCGCUCCCACCCUCCACCCGCCCCCCGUCUCCAUGGGGAUCCCCAUGGGCAUGGCCGGCGUGCACCCCAUGAACAGCAUCGCCAGCCUGGACAGAACUCGCAUGGUGGCGCCCUUCAUGGGCAUCAGCCCCAUACCGGGCGCCGAGAGGUUCCCCUACCCGGCCUUCCACUGGGACCCCAUGCGGGACCCCUACAGGGGCCUGGACAUCCACAGGCGGGACCACCUGGCCCGGGACCUGCUGAUGAGGAACGACCCGCUGCACCGGCUGGCGGGGCCCCGCCUCUACGAGGCCGAGCGCUCGUACCGGGACCGGGAGCCCCACGACUUUAACCGGGAGCACCAGCAGUCCACCGUGCACGCGCUGGCCCUGGAGCAGCGGCGGGAACAGGAGCGCGCCCACAUGGAGGAGCGCGAGCGCCUGCACAUGCUCAGAGAGGACUACGAGCACGGGCGCCUGCACGCCGCCAUGCACCACCAGGUGAUGGACGGGCACCUCCCCCACGGGGGGCCGGGGCUCCUCGCCCCCGGGCUACCCAGCAUGCACUACCCCAGGGUCAACCCCUCGGCGGCUGCUGCUGCGGUGGCGGCGGCUGCCGCCGCCGCCGCCCAUCAGAACAGCAUGAUGAACAAAACGCCGCCCACCGCCUCUCUUAGCGCCCCCCCGCCUCUCAUCCCCACGCUCGGCACGCGAGUGGGCUCCCCCAGACGGACUACGCCCCUGGCCACUGACAUCAGAGACAGACCCUCCUCGCACAACCACAAAGACAUUGAGGCGCGCUGAGCAGAUGGGACCCUCUCUCUCUCUCCCGCCACAGACUUGAAGGCGUGUGGAGCGCCGCCGCAGCCUUGUGUCCCAAACGCAUUGAACUCACACCAAGCACUUAGCCUUGGGCGAACCACGACUGUACCAUAUCUGUGAAUAACUUAUGUAGGCAGAGUCAUGCCUAGUAAAAAUCAUUGUUUUGGGUUGUUUUGUAUAAAAAACACAAACAAGGGACAAAAUCUUAUAACAACAACGAAAAAAACUUUUUUCAGGGUGGCUUUUUUGGCUUUUGUUUGCCCAGUUUUGUCUAGUGUUCUGUGUGCAUUGGUUCUCUCAAAGAGUUGGGGUUAUAUGAUGGAGGCUGUAUCCACCGAUCCUCCACGCUGGAAUGUGAAGGUACUUGGAAGGAGUGGGAGACAGAAGCAUGUAGAUACAUGUACAGUCAAUGUGCUCCCCUCUGUAUGGAUUACAACCGAGGUACAAAAUAUGCAACGGGGAGUUUUUGGAAAGCUUUACUUUAAUUGUACAUAGAGGAGUAUAGUUUGGAGAAUCAGAAUGUGCUGUUUUGCAGACAGAUAUUUUUGUUUUCGUUUUUGGUUCGGUUGACAAACUAAUUGACAUUGUACCAUACGACAUACCCACACCCGCCUCCCUCGUCCCUGCCUUCAACUAUGCAACACACAUCUGGGCUCCCUCUCUGAAAGCUGGCCUUCUCCACACAUCUGUACACACCGUGUAAUGACCAAGGCAUAAACUGCAUUCUCUCCCCAAUUCAAAAGACCCAUAUGUGGAGAUCUUAUGAGUAAGGACAAGCUUUAUCCGAGCCGUGUGGGCUCUGUAUUAAACACAUCUUCUGAUGAAUCGCAUAUCGAUGUAUUUCCAACAGUACAUGCGACGCAAAAAGCGAAAAUGCAAAAGUGUAAUUCUUUGAGAUAGAAAUUCUAUCUCGCAAGUCUAGUUCUGGAGAGAAUGAGCAGUCAACAAUACAGAAAGAGCAUACCGCUAGCCCUAAUUGAAGGAAUGUAAAGUACGUGUUUUCUCUGAGACAAUUGUUGGUUCAUGGGCAGUGUAUUAUUAAAAGUGCUCCACACCUUUAAGUUGUUGUACGUACUAAUUGAAAAGACAAAAAAAGGCAGUUUGUUUUCCGAUGAGCAGCAGAGAUCUAUUUUUAGUAGUUCACUGGAGGUUUAGUUUUGCGCUUCAAACUCUGUGAGACCAUGUUGUGCAGUGAAGUUUUUUCUUUUUCAAUCCAACAUUCAAAAUGUCCAACAGAGCCAUAGUGGUUUUAGUCAACGCGUAUUGCAAAAAAAGAUUGUUAAAUAAGAAACUUUUUUUUUUGCUGUUAAACAUGUACAAGGGAAAAAUUAAGUCUUUAUAGAUCAUGUACAAAAAAUAUGAAAAAAUGAAGCGACUGAAUCUUCAGCAUGCUCCUCAUGUAAACUUGUGUUAUGUUAAUUGUGCCAUGUUAUUAAAAAAUGUGUACUAAA